CAGUAGCAAGAUCAAAGGAACACUUWAUGGGAUCCUACAAACCACAUCACGACUAGUGGCUGGUUGAAGAUAAACGUGACGCGAACUACCCACGAAGAAAUUACACCGUCAAUUACUGUAUUGAACUUGAAACCAAGGCACCAAACCGAAAAUUACGGAAACGCAAUAUUUCUCUCCGCAGUACUGUUGUAUCCUYAACGAACAACGCUGAGCGAUACUGGUUCAGGAACGAAACAAAUUCGUUUCUUCUAACCUUUUCCURUUUGCCAUUAAACUAAAGGAGUAGAAACGCUUGUUAAUCUGCACGACAACRUUGGACAAAAAAGUAAUUCAGGAUUAAUUCAUCCUUCUACCCUCCCCAGAUAGAAAGUUGAGUACGAAGGGAAAAAUAUGGACGAUCGAGAGGUUUUUAUGGACGCAAACAGUAACGCUGUCGCUGACAACAGCAACAUCAACAAGAGCAAUACGGGAACAAGUUCGUCGUCUCCAGAUUUUAUCGACCAAACUCUGAAUCUUCCCGCCCACCACCAUCCUUCCCAACGAAGCCAACUCCUUACCCUUUCCUUCAAUCAGGACGGCGGAUGCCUCGCAGUGGGGACGGCUAAUGGAUUCAGCGUUCACAAUCUGCAUCCCCAGUACAAUCUAAGCGUAGAGAGGUCGUUGAGAGGUGGCAUUGGCCAGAUCGAAAUGCUCUUUCGGUGCAACCUCAUGGCCCUGGUGGGAGGUGGCUCGGAUCCCCACGCUGCUCCCCACCGCGUAUUGAUUUGGGAUGACCACGUUCCAAAGGAAAUUGGUGAGCUGAGUUUUAGGCAGAUUGUUCUACGGGUCAAGCUACGCAAAGAUGCCAUUGCGGUGGCCCUGCGAGAUCGCGUCUAUGUCUAUCACCUGGCUGAUCUGAGUUUGCGGGACAAGAUCUACACGGCUGAUAACCCGUACGGCCUCCUGAGCCUAAGUACGCACGUUCAGGACAUGGUCCUGGCGUGCCCCUCGGUGACCACUGGGCAUGUUCGUGUUGAAUUAUACGGAAUGCGGAAAACAAUGGUACGUGCGUUGYUGCCUGUACAACGAUUCCUUUUUGGUCUGCAAAUUUUCGUUGGACAUSUGUGUGAUUUUCAAGGGUUUGAUUUUGUUCUCAUAUUCAGCGUCAAUAAUGAUUGCUUUUGGGUUUCUAAWUCCUUUGGCCAACCCAACUUUUUCUUCUCUAUUUGAAAAUUCAUCACGAYAAAAACAACACACAAUUACURCAUYGAUCCUUCAUGUUCGUUCCAGCUUAUCGAGGCCCAUGAAUCGACACUGAGAGCACUGGUGUUGACGGCAGAUGGCAGUAAAUUAGCGACAGCCUCCCACAAGGGGACCAUUCUUAGGGUUUGGGAUGUGGCCACCUCGCAAAAUAUUCACGAGUUUCGGCGUGGGGUYGAACGAGCUAACAUAACCUGCUUGGCCUUUUCGUGGGAUGACCAGUGGAUUGCUUGUUCGUCUGACAAAGGGACGACGCAUAUUUUUUACCUCGACAACGAAUCUUCGGGCUUGAAAAAAGACAAAGACAAAAAUAGCAGUAAAAGCAAAGGAAGCAUUUUCRCUUCCACRGGAUCCUCUUUGUUGAGCAGUGGCAGCAARUUGCUAAUGGGAUCCUUCUCCUCGUCCACUGCGAAGUCGCCUUCCAAAUCCGUYUGCCAGAUUCGGGGUGUUCCCCACCCCUUGGCAUGUGCCUUUAUCGGGGAUGCUCCUCACUUAAUUGCCGUAGCGGGAUGGGACGCCGAUGGGAACGGAGUUUUGUUGGUCAGCGAAUUUGCUGCCCACCAGGAGGCCCGAAGGGUCGCCUACCAYGUUCUCGUAAAAAACGCAUCGACGGCCGACGAAACGGAAGAAGAACGACGGAGGAGACGGGCCCGUGGAUGGGUGCCCGGUGACGAGACGAGCAAAAAUGGAUCGGGGCACGAUUUCUCGGAKAAUAACCCGAGAAUGCAUUUUGGACACUUGCAAAUCUCGGACGAAAUGGCCGAAGAAUCGCACCGAUUUCAAACCCAAACCACGGAGGAUGAUUUUUGCGAGGUAAUUGUUCAGCCUAGACAGGAGCCCAUAAUCGAAGACAAGCCCCCAAUCAAUCCAUCGUCGCCAUUAUCCUCGUCGAAUACACAACAAGAYCUAGAAGAGCAGCAAACAUCACCAUCGUCAUCAGAGAAAGGCACGGAACAAAAAACUUCAAGUGACGGUGAUGCAUCGAACGGUAUCGAUGGAGAAAACAACGACAUUAUUGCCUCAAACACGAAGGCAGGCGCUAGCGGUGACAAAGAAASAAGCGAAUGCAAAGGAACUGAUCKAAAAACGGAAGCUGAUCCCGAACCGAUUGCCACGAACAGUUGCAGCGAMCAUGAURAUGACACGGAGUGAUGUAAAAAAUUCAAUUUCAAUUCGUUCAGAAAUUCUUGAACCCGAAUCUUACCGGGCGUCAGGGUACUGUUCGAUGUGGAACUUCUUGACUUUUGAUCCGCUUCUGAAGAAAGGCCAAUAAAUGAUCCAAAAGUCGAGUAAAGCCACAACCUACAAAACAUUGAUACUGGAUGGAUCCUUGCUGUACUACGGUCGCUUCACUCGAGCAACAGUACAUACUCUAGUUUACGUGUGUAAAAUACGCGCCAUGUACUGUGUCAAUUGCGAAACGCACAUUGAUGGGAUCCUAGUUGCUAUCAAUUCGUAUUGCUUCGCCACCAUCGAUAGCAAAAUGGUAUAACAUACCCAAUAUCUUUCCUUCUACUUCUACUUUGUAGUACCUAWAGCUCKAUUUCUCCAAACACUUUCCUUGCUUGYUGAAACUAGCUCAAGAC